UCCAAAUAACACAAAAGGCACACAGCUUUCCAAGAUGGAUGAAGAAAAGUUUUCAGAUGAUUUCCGGACAUAUAAAGGAGGAAGAAACCUGAUCCCAAGAUCAUACUUUCCGAUUUAUGCACUACUGGGUAUCUCUUAUUUGCUAAUUCUCAUUGGUUAUGUGGUGGCCUUCUCCAAAGUCUCAACAAUUUCAUCCGAAUUCAAUAAGAUGAGACUCGAUUUUUCAAAGAAUCCCCAUGGCCAGGACUUUCACUUGUUCCCAUGUGGUGCUGACACUAGACAAUGGGAAUAUUUUAGUGGAAAGUGUUACUACUUCUCCCUGAAGUCAGUUCCCUGGCAUGAAGCCAAGGCAGACUGUGAACGUAGACAAUCACGGUUGGUCAUCAUUGAUAGUCUUGCAAAACAGAAUUUCAUAGAGACUCGGACCAGAAAUGAACGUUUUUGGAUUGGUCUCCAUGACCAACAAAGAGAAGGAGAAUGGAAAUGGGAGGAUGGCAGUAAUUACAUAAAUGGCUUUAAGAAUUGGAAGGCAGGUGAACCCAACACUUAUCUGGGUCGUGACGAGGACUGCGCCCAAGUUUGGAUUAAUGGUGAAUGGAAUGAUUUUAUCUGCACAUCCGACAGUCAUUAUGUCUGUGAAAAGCCCUUGUCGCCAGUCCCAAAAGUCCAUCACACAAGCUCUGAGCCUUGAAGCAGAACUUCUCAAAAACAAUUUGGAAGGAAAGAUUGCAACCCUCACACCAUGAUUGACAAAGCAGCACUACACUUUUGCUAGACUAAGAUCUCAAUUUAACACGGAAUCAGUACCAUAUUGGUAGCUCUGGAUUAUCUGACAAUUCUGUAGCUAAAUCAAAUUAUGCAUGUAAAUUUUCUAAGCAAUUGUUUCCUCCAAUCUGGAGAAACCAAAUACUAAUCUACCUUCCAAGGUGUGGAAAGUAUUCCUGAAAUCAUAAUAUAUGGGAGAUUUAUGCAUAAUCUAAACGUUAUUGCUAUUGCUGUGUCAUCAUAUGAGUCACUGAACAAUGUGAAAAUACUAAACUUAAAAUUAGUAAAAAAAAUCACUAGUUAUAAUCUCAUAUUUGUAUAGUAGUAAUUACAACCACAGGGAAGAAUAUGAUGCUGUAUUAAAAUUACCUGGGUUCAAGCAUUGUACUAAGACAUAU